AUGGGGUUCUACGCCCUGUACAGCGCCGUCCAGCAGAACGAAAGGGAGAGCGGUGGAAGGUUCCAGAGAGAUGGGGCACAGCCCCACAGCUCAGGAGACUCUGCUUUCCCGUCCCCAGGUGAGUCCCUGAGGCUGGGGAAUGGCAGUCACAGAUGUGAGGGUCGGGUGGAGGUCUCCUACAACGGCACCUGGGGCACCGUGUGUGACAACAGCUGGGACCUGACGGACGCCAGGGUCGUGUGCCAGCAGCUUGGCUGUGGCGAGGCCUUGUUGGCCCCGAAGCAGAGCUACUUUGGUGGAGGCACCGGCCACAUCAUCCUGGACAACGUGCAGUGCGCGGGGAAUGAGGCCAAGGUAUGGCAGUGCCCCCACAGCGGCUGGUUCUCCCACAACUGCGGGCACCACGAGGACGCGGGUGUUGUCUGCUCAGCCCUGGUAUUUACCUCCUCGGCAAAUCGCCUGACCGUGGUCUUCCAAAGCGACGCCAUUGUCAGCAAUGUUGGCUUUUCUGCAUCCUACGAGGCUCUCCUGCAAGAUGAGAACAACACUGACGCGGUGAUCAGGCUGGCCGAUGGCAGCCAGCCCUGCGAGGGCCGCGUGGAGCUGCACUUCAACGGCAGCUGGGGGACCGUGUGUGACGACAGCUGGGACCUGCAGGAUGCCGAGGUGGUGUGCCGGCAGCUGAGCUGCGGUGGAGCAGUGUCAGCCCCCGGGAGGGCUAGAUUUGGCCGAGGCCUGGGCCCCAUUGCCCUGGAUGAUGUGAAAUGUGUGGGGACUGAAGCCAGGCUGUGGCAGUGUCUGCAUGGCGGCUGGUUCUCCCACAACUGUGGCCACCACGAGGAUGCUGGCGUCAUCUGCUCAGGUCUGGGCCUGCGGCUGGCUGAUGGGUCAAGCCGGUGUGAGGGCCGAGUGGAAGUCUGCCAUGCCGACACCUGGGGCACUGUGUGUGAUGACAGCUGGUCCAUCGAGGAUGCCCACGUGGUCUGCAGGCAGCUUGGCUGUGGCCGGGCCGUGUCUGCCCUCCCGGGGGCGAGAUUCAGCCCCGGAGAAGGGAGCAUUCUCUUGGACGAUGUCAAAUGCACGGGCAGUGAGUCCUCCCUGGCGCAGUGCCCUCACAGCGGCUGGUUCACCCACAACUGCGGGCACCAUGAAGAUGCUGGUGUCGUCUGCUCAGAUCUGCCCGUGGUGAGGCUGGCCAGUGGCAGGAGCAGGUGUGAGGGCCGCGUGGAGAUCACCACCACGGCACCUGCACACGGCACGGGACAGUGUGUGAUGACCCCGGGACCUGCCGGCCACCCGGGUGCUGUGCCGGCAGCUGGGCUGGCGGCCCCGAGGAGCAGUCUGUUUGGUGAUGGCUUCAGCCCCAUCUCCCUGGACCAUGUGCCGUGCACGGGCGAUAGGCCCACCUGGGCCGACCUACUCCUGCGCCUGGUGGGCGGGCGCGGCCGCUGCGAGGGCCGGGUGGAGGUCCGACACGAGGGCGUGUGGGGCACGGUGUGCGACGACCACUGGAGCAUCAGGGACGCCCGCGUGGUGUGCCGCGUCCUGGGCUGCGGGCGCGCGCUGGGCGCCCUGGGGCGCAGCCGCUUCGGCCCGGGCUCGGGCCCCAUCCUGCUGGACGACGUGCGCUGUGCGGGCACCGAGGAUGCGCUGGGGCGCUGCGCCCACGCGGGCUGGGCGCGCCACAACUGCCAGCACUGGGAGGACGCGAGCGUGGUCUGCGCAGGUGCGGCUGACUCUGUGGUACCCAAGGACAACGCCCAGCUCUCCUGCUGGCCUCACCUUUUCCAAGUCAUCAUUGACCGAGGCUACCUCCGGAGGCUGGGCUACUCGUCCUGGGACAUCCAUUUAAAUGAUGAGCUGUGUCGCCCCCAAGUCACAGGGCGCUACCUGAUCUUCAGUGUUCCCUAUGGCCACUGUGGCACCGUCAGACAGGAAAGCCGAGGCUCCCUCAGCUACUCCAACUCCGUCAGAGGCCGAACCAGGGGCCACCCGGGCCGAGUCAUCUUGCGGCACAGGGUGCCUCAGCUCAAGUUCACCUGCAGAGUAGACGGCCCGUCAGCAGUGGAAGUCGUCCCUGGGGAGAACGCUGGCUACGAUGUGUCCAUAUCUUUCCUUGAGUUGCCCCCAUCCCAGCACGGAGGGAACACGGGGCCACACUAUGCCAGCCAGAAGAAAGAGGUCUUCCUUCAGGCCAUACUCCACAGUCUCAACCCCAGCCUGCAGCUCUUUGUGGAUACCUGUGUGGCUUCUCCAGACCCCAGUGAUUUUACAACUGUCAAGUAUGAUUUGAUCAAGCAAGGGUGCAUCAAAGACAAUACUUAUAUCAACCUGCACUCCCAGCAAAAGAAUGUAGCCCAAUUCAAGUUCAACAUCUUCAGCAUUCUCACCAGCUAUGACGUGAUCUAUCUGCAGUGUAAGGUCACCAUCUGCAAAGUGGGGGAUCAUUCCUCCCGCUGCUCCCAGGGCUGUGCAGGGUGGAGUAAGAGGGGCACAGGCCCCAGGAAGGCCACAGAAGAGCAGGCUGAGCAUUUCCGAAUGGUGGGACCCCUGGAGAUCCACAAAGGAGCUGAUCAGAGAAGGACUCAUGGGUGA